AUGCAACAUGUCACAAUUUCAUACUGGACACAGACCAGCAUCAAUAACAUUGUCACUCCAUCCUCUAUACUAUUCCCGCCCUUGAUUAUGCUUUCCCUGUCCUCAAUUAUGCUUUUCCCAUCCUCGAUUGAUCUUCCAAUGGCUCCUGACUUUGUGUCUGGAGGGUCGCCUCAGUCGCUCACAUGUUGCUGCACCAGUGGGGUUGAAGACCCUCUUGGUUGGUGUAAUCUCAUUGGAUAUGACUUCUAUCAAAAUUACCCAGUGGCUAUUUGGCAAUUCGUUGAAGACUUCAGUCAUUGGAUACCUCUGUUUUCGACCUCAUCCAAUCAGUAUUCUGAGUACCUGCAUCACAGUAGGCUGGUCUUCAAAUCAUCUCAGACAAACACUCUCUGUGCAACCCAACCCUGUGAGCUGGAUUAUCUCAAAUUUGAUCUCAUAGAAUAUGUCGCUCAACUACGGGAAAGAAUUCUAGAGACAUACACUGUAGUCAUCACUGUGUUCAAGAAUACUGAGAAAGCACCUGCACUACUCCCUUAUGUGCCAUCCUCAAGCUUGUCCAUCAAUAUCAAAGAACACCUGCUAGAGGAAUGGAUUGCACAUGAAUUCCAUAGUAAGCACGGUAUGCAACAAGAGAUGAAAGCACUGCGGAAACAAGCAGCCUUCUCAUCUCUCAACAUUCAUUUGCUAAUGCCUGGUGCUCAGUCACUUGUAAGGGAUCUGGCAUUGUACAUAGCCACUACCCCCGACCUACAGUAUGGCCAAGGAACACUAUCAUUUCUCUUGAAAAUGCCUGCCAUUACUACCUGCUCAGGCUGUCACAUCAGGUGCCCACCUCUGCCUGAUCAACCCAAGGCCCUUGAACCUCCAAAACAAUCUUGCCCCUGCCCCUGCUGUCACACUGGCCCCAAGAGUGUUAUUGACCAUGGCAAUGACCAUCUAGAGCUGUCUAUUUGUCCUCCACCCAAGCCUCAUCCGCUUGCACGGUCCAAGUGUUCAGGCCCCAUGACUUCAUCUGCUGAAGAGGAGAUUUUUGAGGCUACUCCUACAUCCAUUACUGGAGAACACGCCACUACUGCGAGCAAGAAUCCAAAUGCUAUCUCUCAAAGUCAGACAAAUGAUCUCAAUGGUAGGAAUGUCAAUGACCAGGGGACUUCAGCUACUUGUACUGAGUCCCACGAUGCAGGGUAUAGCAACAAGGAUCAUGGCAAGGAUACUUCAGGUACCUCUACCAAGUCACGCUACCCAGAAGAAGGCAGGAAUGAUGAUGGCCACAAAACUUCAGCUACUUCUACUAACGGCCGCCCGCGUAUGUCAGGUGGUGUCAAGUCAUAUGCACCUGAUCGCAGUGCUGGUGAAGAGAGCUCUCCAUCCGACAGUGACUGGGCUGUUGAUGAAGCACAGUGGAAGAAAGCGCAACAGACUGCUGAUCAUAAUAUUGCUGUGAAUCAUGGUGAAGAUGAUGAGGCUUCCUCUGAAGCUGAUCCCCCAUCUCCACCACGAUUGACAGCCAAGCAAAAGCAAAAGCUCAAGGUAAUGGUCGAGGUCGAUGAACAUCACAGAAGUGAAGAUGAGGAUGAUGAAGACUUUGUGAAGACCAAAGGAAGAAUGCCCCAAGUAGGCAUCUUAAAGGCACAAGAGCUUGGGAAGAAGACAUUGGAAGCUGCUAGAACACUGGGUCAAGAAUAUGGGAAGAGUGCACGGACAAUCCUCAUUGAGGCUGGGUUGACUAUGAAGGCUACCUGCAAGGAGUCUCUGUGGAACCAACACCAGAUGUGGUUUGCAGCUACCCAUCCCCUGCCUAAAGGAGUAUCGGGAGUUGUCUUGCCAGAGGACAUCAAGGCUUGGAAGGUGAAGCAGCAAGCUCAUUACAAAGCCCACCCACAGGAUGACCCUCAGCAUGCAUUGUUGUGGAAGGAGAUACAGGAAAACUGGGAUCAUGCUGUCAUGCUGGCCAAGCUGCUGAGUGGAGAGCAUGAAAGAGAUACAUGCUUAAGUCUUAUGAUGGGUGUUCGUGAUGCUUUCACAAAAUCAGCUGCAUACUGGCAUCGCACCCAUGGCAUUCACAUUGCUGGUGUUUCAAUAUUUCCUGGUGAUGAAGAGGCAGGCCAUCAGGCAUCAGGGCUGUUUGCCAGCUCUGACAUGGUCAAAGCCCUUAUCAAUUCACACCAACUUAAUAUUAAGCAUUGGUUAGAUGAGCUCACCACAAUCCUUAAGUACAAAGACUUGGAAGCUGCGCAUGCUGAAGGCAAGACUUUCAGCUUACUCCCUGCCUCUUCCACUGCUCCAAAUGCUCUGUAUCUCAGGCUCCAUCUUGGAGCAAUGUAUGAGGCUGAGUUAGGUCUUGACGACAAUGACAACGAUAGCAAGGCAGAGGCAGCAAAGGCAAAGAAACGCAAAGGCAAGUCCAAGAAGUCAGGUGACAAAGGAAGGAAGAAGGGGGCGGUGGUGGAGGAGCCAAGUGUCAUCUUGCAUAUCAGCAGAUGGCCUGAAAGUGAUAUCCUUACUGUUGAGACACAGGCCACAAGCAUGUGCCUCAUCCCACUUGUCAUCAACACUAACAGCAAGGUUGUUCACUCCCUCCAAGACUCAGAGAAGUCCAUCAAGGAUCUUCCACAAGACAACACUCCUAGAUGCUGCACCAAACAGACACUCGCAAAUGGAUGCGGCCCCAUUAUGAAUCUGCUCAGGAGACCGAAGACCUGGAGUGUGAAACAGUGGAGGAGAGGCACUGUGUCAGGUUCUCAUAUACCUUUAGGCCACGCCCAAUCACAGGCACAUCACCACAAUCAUUCAACUGUCAGACCUUCACAUAUUCACCCUGCAUCUCCUGAUCGCCAUGCAAUCAUCGAAGAAGAUGAAGAUGAGUAUUACUAA